AAAAAUGAGUUCCGAGGACGAAAUAGCCAUUCGAAAGUUGCACUCCAAAACGGCGAAAUUGUUCCUGAGAAGAUCCUCAUCAACAACUGGUAUCGGCGAUCUCUUCUCGAAAAACUUGAACCUGAGAGAAGCGCGCUCCGACGCGGGAAAUGUGGAAGACGUGAAAAGCGUUUCUUCGAACGAAGAAGAACCGAACUUGAAUUACGAGAGCCCCUACAAGAAGGACGCCAUUUCCGACGACACCAAGUGCAUCGAGACCGAAGACAUGCUGAUGAACAGACCGGUAUCCAUAAGUUACAGCGUUCUAAACUUCCAGGGAAAGAAAUACACCCUAAACGACAUCGCACAUAAGUGGAAGAAGGACUGCAGGAUCUGGCUUUGGAAGAAUAACAAACAGUUCAAGAAAAAUCGAUCUGUAGGCGAAGUUAAACCCUAG